AUGCGGAGACGCACGCUGCGCAAGGAGCUGCUGCGGCACGUGGACGUGCUGGAGGGCCGAGUGCACGAGAAGGACCGCUGCAUCCGGGCGCUGCAGAGGACGGCCGAGGAGAGGGGCGGCGUGGGCCACGAAGCUCAGGUCUCAUACUUGGAGCAGAAUGGCAUCGUAGACAUGGACACUUGGAAGCAGCAGGGCUCGACCCUGAUAAACAAAGCGCAUGAGGACGCAGCCAUGUACAAGAAGGCCUUGGUCGAGAGGACGUCCACCGAGGACUCCGAGCUCCAGCAGAUGGUCGCCCAGCUGAACACGCUCCUGGAGCAGGUGCAGCAGCAGGUCAAUGCUGGAUUACAGUCUGCCAGCGGGAGAUUGGCACCAUCUGGCGUGCAGGCCCUCCGUGGCAGCAGUGACCGUUCAGGAGAGCAGCGGUGA